GUAAACCAAAAUAGAGAAUAAUUCAUAAACACCGUGCUUCCAUAAUGUUAAAAUGUUAGUCCUUCCCUCUCCUCCAUUUGUUUUGGGAAGUUGGAGAAUCAAAGCUGCGAUCAUGUCCGAGACAAGACGUUUCCGUCACAAAUCUCCUCUCUCCAAAACGAACAACGCUUCCGCUUCCGUCAAACCCUCCGACUCCGAUUCCACCGCCACGUACAGCGCUUCACUCUCCCAACAACUUCACGUCUAUGUCAGAAAAAACAAGAGAGCCAAAGGAAUCACCACUAUAGCAAAGCUUCAAGACAAUCACAAUAAGGUAGGUUUGCCUGAAAUUGAAGAUUUUGCAUACAGAGGAGCAAAUGAAUUGACUCAUCGCAAAAUGAGCUUAGAUGUGACUCCAAUUAAAAGUGAAGUUGCUUCUUCUACAACACGUAACGGUGGAUCACCUGCUUGCUGGGAAGAGACGCUUGAAGGUAUUCGCAAAAUGAGAUGUUCUGCCGAUGCACCAGUAGACACUAUGGGAUGCGAGAAAGCUGGUUCUACACUACCCCCUAAGGAAAGAAGAUUUGCUGUCCUGGUAUCUUCCCUUUUAUCAAGUCAAACCAAGGAUCAUAUUAAUCACGGAGCAAUCCAACGUCUUCUUCAAAAUGAUCUGCUUACUCCUGAUGCAAUCAACAAUGCUGACGAAGAAACAAUAAAAAAAUUGAUUUACCCGGUUGGAUUUUAUACAAGAAAAGCCACGAACUUGAAAAAAAUCGCAAAUAUUUGUCUUAUGAAGUAUGGUGGCGACAUACCUAGCACAAUUGAGCAACUGCUCGUACUUCCGGGCAUAGGUCCUAAGAUGGCUCAUUUGGUUAUGAAUGUUGCCUGGAACAAUGUCCAAGGGAUCUGUGUAGAUACUCAUGUUCAUCGCAUUUGCAAUCGGCUAGGCUGGGUGUCAAGAUUGGGCACGAAACAGAAAACUUCGACACCUGAAGAGACUAGAGUGUCACUGCAACUGUGGCUUCCAAGGGAAGAAUGGGAUCCAAUAAAUCCUCUAUUGGUAGGAUUUGGACAAACAAUUUGUACACCUUUAAGACCUCGAUGUGGAGAAUGUGGUAUCAGUCACUUGUGUCCAUCAGCGUUCAAGGAGGCCUCAGGUUCAAGCCCGGUAUCAAAGUCCACAAAGUCCCGAAGGAACAAGAAGCUUUAACAUGGGGAAAAACUUUCUUCACUCUAAACAUUAAUUCAGAUGUACAUAUCUGAUAAAACUCUAAUUUUGUACUAUCGAAAACUACAAUUUCAGAAAUAUGUGAAUUCUUUUAGAUGGGAAGGGGUUAAGUAGCACCCUUAAAAAUUUGGAUUUGAUUUGGAUUGGCUUUUUUUGUUAGCCAUCUUGCUCUAUUCUGACGUGCACUUACAGGCAUGUAUGCUUCUGUGAUUAAAUUGUUUUGGUUACUAAUUAGGCUCGCAUUGUAACAGCAACACAUCUAAAGAUUAGAUGUGUUUUUUUGUCUGAAAAUGCUUGUAUGCAAGUAGAUGUGUUUUUUU